UCGAGUCCUGCGAAGCGUAGCCCACAAAUUCAAGAUAGGAAGAAACCCAUAGACGAAAAUGGCGGUUUCUUCUCUGACUGUUGCAGCAGUUCAAAAGCCUCACCUCCUCCACACCUUUAAACCCAACAUAUCUCCAUGCACCUUCAGAAGCAACUCUUCUUCUUCUUCUAAUUUACGGGCGGAGCUCUCACUGGAUCUCAAAGGUUCAAGUAAAAGGCGGUUUUUUGAUCUUGGCCUUGGCCUAUUGGCGGCUUCCCUGUUGAUUUUAUCCCCGUUAGAUGCCAAUGCAACCAGGAUUGAGUAUUAUGCCACCGUUAGCGAGCCCUCCUGUGAGCUCAACUUCGUUCGAUCAGGGCUCGGUUACUGCGACGUUGCAGUUGGGACUGGAGAUGAGGCCCCUUAUGGAGAACUCAUUAAUAUACAUUACACUGCAAGGUUUGCAGAUGGGAUAGUCUUCGAUAGCAGCUACAAACGUGCAAGACCACUCACCAUGCGUAUUGGUGUUGGCAAGGUUCUUAGGGGUUUGGAUCAAGGUAUAGGAGGAGGUGAUAGUGUCCCUCCAAUGCUAGUUGGCGGAAAACGCAAGCUUCAGAUUCCUCCAGAAUUAGCAUAUGGACCUGAACCUGCAGGAUGCUUUUCAGGUGAUUGCAAUAUACCUGCCAAUGCAACUCUUGUCUAUGAUAUUAAUUUUGUGGCAAUCUACAAGUGAAAAACCGGUUGGAGGUACCAGUUCUAUGAUUUCAGAUACAUGGGAAGGCAACUGCAAUUGUCUAUGAUGAGGUAUUGGUCUCUUUGAUCAAACACACAAGGAAACAUUUAUCUCUGGCUUGACUGAACCUUGGUCGCUCUCAUUCCUUUGCUUUGAUCAUCAUAAUCAAUUGUUUUUUGC